CUCGCUUGGAGAGCUGAAGUUUAGGGUCUAAGCUGCUAAAUUUUUGUUUAUUAUUAUUAUUAUUUCCAGAACUUUCUGCGAAAAUAAAUAAAAAAUGGCGAAGACGGUUUUGUCAGAGGUUUUGCAUGAGACUGGUUUGGGUCGAAAUUUCGCCAUUCCAAUGUCAACCACCGAGAAUAAGGCUUUUGAGGAUGAGAUCCAGAGAAAACAGAAAGAGCUCUCAAAUGUGGAAAACAAAGCGAGCCGCUACAAGGAGAGGUCCAGUGCCAUGACUGAACAUGCGAAAAAUGUCCAGCAAGAGCAUACUCACAAUCAGAGUCUGUGCAGAGCUGUCGAGAAUCAGACCGAGUCCAAUCUGCAUUUCAAGGCCUUGGAUGAGAGAGAGAUGGGGCGUCUGCAUCAGGAGCGUUCCCAGCUGAAGAAGGAGAAGAUAUCAGUGCGAGAGAAGAAGAACUCGUUGGAGAACUACGUCUUCAGAGCUAUACAGAAGAUGGAGGAGCUCAAGAUUCAGCUGAACUGGGACCAGCAGACUCUGGACGCCUGGCUGGAGGAAUCAGCAAACAAAGACGAGGACACCAUGGCCAUCAUGAAAUACACGCAGCAAGACGAGAGCAGGAUUCGAGAGCUGACUCUGAGCCUGGAGAAGCGGACUCUGGAGGCGAACCAGAAGAGAAAAACCUCGGACAAAGAGGUUACUGAGAAUAUCAUGACACAGGUGGCUCUGGAGAAGACGGUCGAGAUGGUGCAGCAGGCCCACAUGGAAGUACAGAAGCUGAUCAGCCGAUGGGAGAACUCCAUCGAGCAGAUGAGGAAGAAAGACCAGACUCUGCAGCAGUCUGCUCUGCUCCUGGCGGACAAAAACCAGUUGAUCCGUGAACAAAAAUCACUCGUACAAGAGCAGCAGAACUUCUUGGCCCACGAGGUGGACAACAACAAGGACUGUGAGAAGAAGAGCGCUAUGGGUGAACGCGAAACCAACAGGCUACGGCUACAGUUUCAGGAAGAGGAGAGCAACCGCACUCGACUGCAAGAUGAGCUGGUGAGCCUAAAGAGCAGGUUGGAUCGCACUGCUACAGACCUGGAGAUUAAGAGAGCCCACUCAGCGAGCCUCAAGAAGGACAUCAAAGAUAAAACGGCCAAAUCAGAGGAUAUGCAGCAGCACAACAUCGCUCUAGAAAAGAAGUUGCAGGCUGUGAAUGAGAAGACACUUAGCGUGGAGGAAAGAACUGCUCAGAUGGAGCAGCUGCACAGAGACCAGGAGAAACACCUCAAAGAAAUUGACACCCAACUCCAGCGGGAACAGAAGCUCCAAUUCCCGGAAAAGCAGGAGCUGCAGAAGCUGCAAGCCAAUGAGAAGACUGUCCUAGUAGAUAUCACAGGCUGUCGUGUAGCUCUGUCCAGCCUGGAAAAGCACAUCAGUAAACUGGAACAAAACGCUCUCAAGAAGCAGGAGUACAUCAACAGUCAGGAGUUUCAGAUGCACAUUCUGGAAGGGAGGAUAGCUCGUCUGAGCGGCAACGUGAACAAAGACGAGAAAGAGGCGCUGGAAAAGCAGAUCUCUGAGCUGAACGAGGCAUUGGAGGAAGAGAAGAAAGCAGCUGCUUUGCUCACAGCACAGAGCAAGAAUCUUCAGAAUGAUAUCCGCUGUGUGAGGAAAGAGAGCGAGAAGACGGGAGCAGAAAACAGAGACCUGACCACAAAGAUUGAGGAAUUGACCCUCAUCGAUGACACCUUGGAUAAAGACCUGAAGAAAUUCCGUCUUAAGAAACAGGACAGCAUAGUGGAGAACAAUAUCCUGCAGCUGCAGGUGAAGCGCCUCAGGACCAUGCUGUAUGAAAAGGCAGAUGGUGUCCUCUCUCUGGAAAAAAGGAAGCUGCAGCUGCAGACAGCCAUGAAGGAGCGGCAGGAGGAGAUAAGUGUGCAUCGGGAAAUACAGAGCAAGCAGCUCAAGAUUACUGAGCAGGAAAUGCAAGGGCUCAGGGUCCAGUUGCACGAACGACUGUCCAAAGUUGACAAGAUGAAGAAAAAAUAUGAGAUCGUCACCAUUUUCAUGGCUGCACCAGAGGGCGAAGAAGAAAAAUCACAGGCCUAUUACAUUCUCAAGGCAGCUCAAGAAAAGGAGGAGCUUCAGCGCAAGGGCGACGAUUUAGACGCCAAGAUUCGCAAGGCAGAGAAAGAAAACAAGGCAUUGGAAAACACCUUGUAUCUGCUCAAUAAUCAUACCAGCACCUAUCGCAAAUCCUUCAACAAGGUCACAGAGUCCAGUCCUGAGUAUCAGAAUAAAGUGAAGUUAGAGGAACAGAAAAGGGUGGCAGAUGAGAUGAUCACGUACAAGAGACGCCAAAUCAGAGAGCUGCAGAAAAACAUUGAGGUCAUGAGAAGCUCAUUGAACAGGCUGCAGGAAGAUGAAGCUACUCAAACCAAAAGAAAUGUAGAUUUCCAAGCACACAUUGCUUCUCUGAAAAAAGAGCUCAUUUCUCAGCAGGAGAAAAUGGACAGGGCCACCAAACAGUCCUCCAAGCUGUCAAAGGAGAUCCGCUCUAGUCAAAACAGCACAAAGGAGACCUUUGAGGAACGGGACAUCAAGCUUAAACAACUGAAAGACUGCAAGAAGACGGUCAAUAACAUGAUUCUGGAAGUCAUGGAGAACCUUCCUGACCUACAGGGAACAUUACGGACGUACUUCACGGAGGCCGGUCUUACUCUUCCUUCUCCAGUCUCAACCCCAUCAACCAGGAGUUUGAAGUUGAGCUCGAUACGUAGCUCUUUUUCUCUCAGAUCCUCCACAUCCUCAGGACAAUUAGCUAGCAGCGCCAGAGACUCGGCACUUCCCCUGCCCUCCAUAAAGAUGCUCGAGUUAGAUCUUGGACCUUCGGUUUCCUCUACACUUUUACCUCCGUCUUCCAGCACUGACAGCAGCAGGAGCAGCAGCAGGAGCAAUCGUGUCAAGAGUCCUUAAAGGUCAUAGGCAACGGUUUUCAAUUUAUGCACAUUUGAAACUUUAUAUGUUAAAAAACCCUCUGUAAUUUUCUUCUGGUCCCAAGUAUUGUUAAUAAGUAAUAAUUCAAAUAAAUUAGUGUAGAUCGCGGCAAAUUUCUAUUCUGCGAUUUUCAUGACCACUCGGCGUGUGACGCCAUUCAAGACAAACAAACCGCUUGAGUUGAGUCCACUUUCGUUUACUUGCAUUACCGUUCAGUUUGAGUGCAGACAUGUGUUCAGGAAUUUCCAAAGAAAAACCAUGCCUUAUAGAGAUCUUGCAGUCACGUGACCGGAAAGUACACAACCGCCAUCGUGUCGGUCAAAAACACCGCUGAAUACUGCUGCACUCGUGUACAGAAUGGAUCAAUUUCAACCGACGGACUACACGGCUCAUUUUUCUAAUGAACAGAUAACUAGAUAUAUGUCUAAAAUAAACGAUCUACAGAUUUGUGACCCUUAUGGCUUUCCGGACGGAGUUUUCACGACCGGAUUUUGAACUGCCAGCGGAAUACCCGGACGUGUAUGAUUACCUCAUCAACUUUCCCUCGCUGUUCAGUGGUGAAGCACUGCGUGCCUAUAAAUCUCUGGACAGUUUUCUUUACAGAAAUUCAGGAUUUGUCAGCGACUCAGGUGUGGCAUCUUGUAAGCAAGAAAAUGAUCCUCACUGGAUGGGUAAGUCACUUAAGUAUUGAGUAUAGCACUGACCAGCCGAUUAUAGAAUAAGGUAAUUCCAAAUCGUCCGUGUUGUUUACAUGGAUCUGGCGUUGGAGAGGUAGAGGCUUGGCAGUGGAGGUUUGAGUAGCUGUUUUCUGAGCUUAGUCAACAGGCCGGCUCUGCAGCCUCGCUUUUGCUUCCGCUCCCGGCGCCGCCUCCUUCGCUUUGCUUCCGAUAACAAUCCACGGAGACCCCGCUGGUCUCGCCCGGAAUGUUUUUUUUUUUUUUUUUCUCGUCCGGAAUGUUGUGCAUGCGAUGGAAAUCGCUACAAACCGUCAUUUUCUGCUGGAAACCAAUGUCCAGUAAGUCCAUACGGUUGUAGUGGAUAUUGAAGUCCGGUACAGACGAACAACACGCAAAAAUACACCCAAAAAACAUAAAAACCGUGCACAGGUAGGGAGAGCUUGUAGCCACAGCCAUUGUAGUAGAAUUGUAUAUAGUAGGGUUUUCCAGAAGAAAAGGUAGAAGUAAAAGCAGAAGUAGAACCAGAAGUAGAAGGCGGAAUAUGGCGUUUGACCGACACGAUGGCGUCUGUCACAAUCUGGAUCGGCUGUGACGUCACAUGCAAGAUCUCUAUUGUUGUGCAGUGAACUGUAACAAUGGGACCGGUUCAGGAAGAAGUUUUUACCUUUUUCCGAGAGAGGAGAAGAGGCGGAGAGAGUGGAUUGGCUUUUUCCAGAAGAGGAGAAGAGGUGGAGCAAGAGGAUUGGCUUUUUCCAGAAGAGGUGGAGCGAGAGGAUUGGCUUUUUCCGAAAAAGGAGAAGAGGUGGAGCAAGUGGGUUAGCUUUUUCCGGAAGAGGAGACGAGGUGGAGAGAGUGGAUUGUGCGCGUGAAGCCAGAGGGUUGUUUUUUCCCGGAAGAGGAGACGAGGCGGAGAGAGUGGAUUGUGCACGUGAAACAAAAUCAAGCAGUCAAAGAAGAAACGGAGCAGCAACACUCAAGCAAAAAGGAGAAGAUUGGAGGUAAACAUUUUUACUUUUGCUUGCAGUUGACAAGUCAAGAAUCCUGAGGGAUCCUGUACAAUCAUUGUGGAAAUGAGACAAAGGGAUAUUCCCUCGCUUAGAGUCGGCUAUAAAUAGUAUAAUGCCACGGAUGGCAGGCUAAUGUGGCCUACCGGCGCACUGUCAAGUAAUCAUUACCUAUAUCCACUAGGGAGGGCGGUUUAAUUAUUCUUCAAAAGGGCUCUUAUUUAGUAUUAUGACAAAAGUAAGAAUUUAUCAUAACUACCAGGAUAAAUCGUUUGGGCGCGAGUCUUGUUGAGGUCCGGCGUCACCGUGAUCAGAGUCGGCCGAGUAGCUGUCUGAUUCCGAGGCUGUACGGUCAAACCAGUGAGCCACAUUCACCGAUUGCUUUGCAACGGCCAUAGGUUCAUACAUAUACAGUUUCACCUCUCGAUAUUCAAUUUGGAGAAUUCCUGCUUCAAAAUCGCUAUCGCUUUCAGACAUUUUUUACACAACCUCUCACAACCAAAGUCCGUACACGUGCUCGGUUCACAAGUAAACGCAGAACUGCUCCCGGUCUGUUUGGCUUGAAUGACGUCACGACGACGGUCCCCCGGCGGUGAAAGUGCGCAUAAGUGAGAUGUAAACAAACCUUUGGAAAUUGGGUGAAACAGUAUAUAUUUAACCAUUUUAUUCAAUUUCAGGGUGCAAAUUAGACACUAGGAAGAUUGAAUUUGCUUUUUGGGUCGUUCUUCUAGACAGUAAAGUUGAUAUUCUACGUUUCACCUCCGACCGUUGCCUAUGACCUUUAAACUAGUCCUUACAAGGAGUAAAUCCUCCAAGUUUUGUUUUCUAUAUGUCUUCAAAAAUGUGAAAUUAGGUUAGACACCAAUCCUGGGUAUCUGGAAGCUCAUGUACAUGGAUGGAAGUGUACUCCUGCAACUGUAUAGGCUUUUGGGAUAUGUUGAAUUUGGUUAUUAAUCAAUUUUCUGAAAUAAAAAAAAGCCUUGAGAUGCCUUUAAAUUGUGUUGUAUAUUAUGGUUGGGUGAUGUCUAUAUAUGGAAGUCACAUCGCUUGGUGGUUUGCGUAGCCCGUAUGGUGGAGACGAAGGUGGGCGACCAGCCUGGCCUUAUUUACACAGGGUCUGGCGCAUAAAUGGCACGCCAAACCUGUUGAAGCUGCGUUUGAAGGGUCUUUUCUGCAGAGUCUGCUCUUAGUGAUGCAGCUGGAACAUUCUUCUUCAAAGUCUACAAUGCCAUCAUGAAUACUUCGUCGCCAUAGUAGAUGAUCAUGUGUGAAAGAUUCCCAGAUUUCUGGAUCGAUUCCACAAUCUUUAAGUGAUGCUUUGAAACACUUUCUCAGUCUUCCUAUACUUCUCUGACUUUCGACAAGCUCCCCAUAGAACAGUUUCUAUGGAAGUCCUCUAGUCGUGGGUGAUGUCUGACAAAUUGGUAGAUGACGAUGUCUAUGGAGAAACAUCAUGAAUGACGAUGACAAAAAAAAAGGGAGGUGGAUGUGAUCGGCUUUAUGGACUACUUCCAUCUGUAAGAUCUAGUGUAAUUCCUUUUGCAUUUUUU